AUGGAACCCCUUGGUAACUAUCGUCAAAUGCCUAACAACAUUGUUUUAUUCUUCCUCCUCGUUUGCUUUAAUGCUGCAGAAAUCGCAUGCCUGCCAAAUAAUCCUUACUCAACUCAGCCUUUGGCAUCGCGAUGGCUCCGGCAAUUCCUUCCUGCAACUCUUCAACCACCUGCGGCCUCCCCUCGGCCUCAAAACUCUGCCCCUACAGCCAAAUCUCCCUCACCGCCAUCUUUCUCCUCAUCAUUUUUCCCUCCUCUUUUAGCUGAUUCCUCCAAAACAAACCCUCAAAUAACCCUCUUCACGCAACCCCUCCAGCUGAGUGCAGCCUCGUUGCCACCAGUAGCUGCCGUGGAUCCAUUUGUUAAACAGCUAUGUAACAACACCGACCACUCGGAUGUUUGCAUUUCAUCCGUUAUACCUUUCCUUUCGGCACGAGGAAAGACCUCCGUAGACGCUAGUGUCAUGCUCAGAAUGUUGAUAAAGGCUUGUUCCAUACACGCAGAGAUGGCCCUGGCAGUGGCAUCUAAACUCUCCACAGAGACGAACGAUGGUCACGGAACGGCCAUGGCGAUCAUGGAUUGCAAGGAGAUGUAUAGUGAUGUGUUGGACGGCCUUCAAACGGCAAUGAAUGCGAUUACGAACAAAGACAUGGGCACUAUUAACAGUAUGCUUAGCGGGGUGAUUAGUGAUGCUGUGACAUGCGAUGAUGGUUUUGAAGGGCAGAAGUCUCCACUUGGUGAUGUUGAUGAUAAGCUCCGUAAGAUGGGCAGCAAUUGCCUUGCCAUGGCUUCUUUAAUACAGUGGUGAUCACAGUUUAAUUUCUUCAGCUCCUUCAG